CCCCUGCCAUUGUACAAAGUGCCUUUGAGAUUGAAGAAGUCUCUAGACUCCGCAGCCCCAAAUCAAAGAGCAAUGAAGAAGUUAGCGUCAGUUUCCUUUAAUGUUGUGUAGCUGCAAAUAUAUUUCCUCCGACUCUUGAGUUAUCCCUGUGUUAAUUGCGGGCCCUGGCCGUUGUCGAAAGUUGUAUUUCACACUUCUGUGAUGUGUUGCUCAGUUGACAUGACAUGCGUCAGUGUGGAGUUGAGAGAAUGAAUCAGUUCUGUUUGUGCGAGUGAAAAAUCAGGGGUGAGGAGGGUGAGCGACUUGUGUAAUUUCCAGCUUGAUAGUAGGUCGUAAUGGUGCAUCGCUUGCUGCCAUACAUUUUUGUUGGAAUUCUGAGACGACUUUCAGCCUCGCUCAAAGACUGGCAGUAGCACAUCACGUCUGAGAGCUUGCCUUUCCUCCAAGCGAUGUUUUGAUUUCGAUGCUUUCUGUGUGAUGGAGACAUCGCUUUGUUUUUGAAGCGAAGGGACAGCUCUGUGGUGGUCAUGGGCUGAGUUAUCGGACAAGCGUUCAUUGGAUCGGGAGUUUGGUUGUGAUCUUUUUUUCACUUCCCCUCCUCUAAUUGCUGUUAGCUCUACCCAAUCUCGGAGUUCUCUUAGCUCUCUUUGAAGCGCUUAGAUAUCUGUAAUUCGUUUAGCUUUUUAAGACUGAGGUUAAUUUUCACAGUUUUAUAUUUACACAGAAUUCCGCGCAUCAAGCCGCAGUUAAGCUUGUCUGCUUGUUGUUGUCCAGCUCGUUUUCUGUAGCCCACGGCUCUUGGUGGCAGGGUGGGCGUGUGGUGUAGCGAGUGAAGAGGCAGUUGUCUCUUCCGGUCCUCGUCCACUUUUACUUUAUUGCAUGGCAAUUAAACGUCUCAUGGAUCAUCUGACCUAAGUUACAUUGUCUUCCGUUUCCUGAGCUAGUUUGCAUUCUUCACCUCUUGAUGAAAUGAUGGGAUCAUCAUCAUCGUAAUAGGCUAGUGAAAGUUGCUUGAGAUGCAGAGACAGUUACUGGCAGCAUUGAUGCAAGCCGGUGUAGUAUUGAAGCAAUGUGUCUUCUUAUUCAUGGCGGAAUUGAAUGCUACGCUGGUCGUGAAAUCAAUUUCACGUUCUCUAACCAUUUAGCAUUCAGAUUCUUUCCGCAAAUAGUAACAAUAAUUCCAAUUUCCUGUACAACUAGAACAGUUACUACUCCCCAGCGCAUCCGUUUCGUUUUCCCAAACGGUCUGAUGCUGUCGAUACACUGAGACUACUGCUGAGUCGCCAUGGAUAACUGUCGUCUCAGGAACGUAAGGUUUCAGAAGAGACGCUGCAAACUGAGCUGAAUUCUCCUCUUUGGCUACGAAGAUCAUCUACUACUUUCAAUUUCGGCUUGGGAGUAUCAGUGCAGGAAUCUCAAAGUUCCUUCACCUACUGAAAUGCCCCUAUCAUGGCUGAAUUGGCAAUUUUGCCCGCCUUCCCAGAAAGUUGUGAUUUUUUUUACUCCGACGCUCAUCUUGACUCCUUUCCUACUCGAUCAGCUUGUUCAGAUUGUCCCUCGGCCAGCUUGUUCGUCAAUAACUUCCUCUGUACUUUCGAAGUCGAUCUAACUUCUUAUCGAGACGCUCAGUUUCUACAAAUCUUCGAACCUGAAGACAACACGGAGUGAUCAGCAACAGCCAUUACAAGCUCAGUUUCUAGUCUUUUACUCUUCGAAGAUUUUGAGGUUUUGGGGUGGGCGCUUGGUCUCCCCAGCCCGUCGGUUGAUCUGGCAUUUAACUGGCAAGGUGUGGUUGCCCUGCGAUACGUGAGGGUGAUGGACGAGCUCACAGAAGCUCACCGGCGGACUCCAUCGACUUUUCAUCACGCUGGCGCGCAGUCUCCACGAGUGGGAGGGUGCGUGGGCUCAUUCUUUCACAUGCUUGACUGGAAACAUAGCAAGCGUUUCUCCUCCACCAAGCGCAUCACUGCAGAAAGGCCAAACCAAGGCGCACAAUAUGUCAGAGAGGAUCAGAGCACCUCAGAGCGCACUUAUGCCCGUACCUUGAAGCCUCCAUCGAUAGCCUCGGGGAAAGAAAAGUCUAUUGCUACCUUACAAAUUCUGCCAACAUUUAACUCCACACGAAGUCCUAGCUCUGACCAGUCAGUUGACACAAGCAAACGAGUUCCUGGCGUGGUAGCAAGACUUAUGGGCCUAGAAGAAUUACCGGACAAGACAUUCUUCUCGGGAAAAUUCGUAUCAUCGGACUUUAAUAACGACGUGACUGACAUGACGGCACAUGAGCAACUACAUUCUCCACCUGUACUGUUGCAGGAGCUUCUUCGUCAAGAAUUCCGUCAAUGCUCCAAGCAGUCUUUUAAGGAUAAACUUCCUGGAUUCACCAAGAGAUUAGGAGAGUCGAAACCCACACGAGGUGUUGUACCUCAAAGGAAGAGAUCUACUGGCCGUUUCAGGGAGCACUUGCACCAAAAUGGCGAUUCAAGAGCUGCGAGAUCAGCACGACUUAAUGAAAGGAAAGCAUCAUUCACACAGUAUGAUGUCUCUACGCCCUUCAUGAAGCAGCCCUUUCAAGCUCGAAUGCAAGAAAGUAGUUUCACGCCUCAACACACGAACUCACAGACUGGCUCUACUCCUCUCCUAUCACCGUCAAUGCUCAGUGAAAAAAACACAAUAAGACUUCUAGAGUCAGCAGUGAAAGCCCUGGAGACGAGCAUGCACCCUUCCCCCAAGAACAGAUUCGCACUUGUCAGAGAGGCUCACCGAGAUGCACAAUGUGACAUUGAUGGAAGCUUCCGGUCGGACAAGAGGAGCUUCACUUCCAGCUACAGUAACUCCUCAAGUAGGUCUUUCAGAAGUCCAUCGGUUCGGACGACUUGGAGUGGUGGGGAUGACCGGGCCGAACAUAGUGGCCACGAAUCAAGUUCUCCUGCGAGUUGGAAUUUCAGUACCCGCUCUGCCUCAAGUAGACAAGAUCGAUCCAGUCGAAAGCGAUUUCAGACGACAUUGGUGGCCUCAUCCAGAUCGGGAUCUCCCCUGCAAACCCAUAGAUCUAGGAGUUCGGAUUUGGUGAAGAUGGAAGCCAGCCCUCCUCCUCCCCAAGCUGUGUUAGGUACUCACGAGGCUUCAAUUCGUGGGUUUAAAACUGACUUGGGAAAUCAGAGUGCAAUUCAUCACAAGAAGAAGCUGGGAAAACAAGAGCAUUAUUCGAAAUCUGCAGUGUUAGAUUCUCCUCCUGUGAACAUUCCACCUAUGCUACCCGGAUAUGUGGGUACCCAUAUUGAAGUGGGAUCUCCGCAACCUUGUACUCAUGACCAAAACUCCGAAAGCAAAGCUGCUAUUAGCCAAGGAUUACUCCGCUCGUCUGCGACUGUAACUGAAAAGCUCAUUACAAAUCGCCAUUUUCGGCCGAUCCGUUUUCGAGGCAGAGGUGAAAAGCAGGCGAAAGAGGCUGGAGGUCAGGCGAGGCGUGUAUUUCCCUCUGAAAAGGACUCAGAGCAUCAGUCAGUUGAAUUACCGUUUGCAAAGGAGUCUACGGUUGCUGGUGCUGGAUCCAGCAACGCCAUGUUUUUUAGCAGAAGAAAGCAAGGAGAUAAAAAGGUAGGCAAGGACAAAAGCGAAUCUAUUGCACUGAAGCGCAAAGACGGCACUUUGAUGCGGUCUCUGUUGAGAAGACCAAGUGGUAUGAUUGGUACAACCCCUGUGCCAACUAACGAACCUGAUUCUCAAAAUGUGCUUAAGACUUCAAAAUCCAGCAAGAAGGUUAAUGUAGAAGUGAAUGUGGUGAACGUGGAAAGUGUAAAAGGUGCGGCUAACCAAGAUUCGUUUUUGGUGAAGCUUGUAUCGAAGGAGCCAUUAUCGCCAUUAAGCAAAGUAUUGGAGAAACCAAAUGCUGCAUCUUUAGUGCAAGGGAGGUACAAGUGUGUUGAUGAUGUUUUCCCUGAGCUCCCACUGGAAGAAAUUGACGAAGGCGGGGCAUCUCCAGACCUUAGGAAGACCAUUCAAGCUGUAGAGGAGCAGUUCAUGGAAUUCAGGUCUCAUGGUGAAACAACGCCUCUUGACUGCCGAUCCAUUGAGCGCAUGUUUGGAAAAAAAAAUUCAAGGACCUGUGUGCAUGAGUCACCUACAAGGUCUGACUCGUCUCCCCUGGAAAAUCUAGCCCCUGAGACGAGCCCCACAAGUCCAGAAGUCUACAUCACCGGAUGCAGAUCAAUUCCUGGGACUUUUCCAAACAGUCCCUUGGUGAAGUACGAGAAAAGUUACUUCUCUUCAUGGAAUCGUCUCAACCUGCAGGAUAUGUUAGAGGCAGCUUCUGGGGACAAUACAACUGAUCCGACAGGGCAACGAAGAAGCUUCUGUUCGGCAGAACUUCGAGAGCUUGUCUUAGAUGUGAAGGAAGCUGGGGUCGAAUUGGAUAUAUGCAACAGCGAUAUUUGUGAUAAUAGCUGCUCACCUGAGCGUGUUGAGAUUCAAACGAUGUCAGUAGCUGCUGGGUGGAGUGAGGUUGUGACGACACCACCAGCUUUGAAGAAGUUUGAAGAACAGCUGGCACAAGGCUUCUCGGAUUCAAACGACGGUCACACUUCUGCUGCUGAAGAAUCCGAGCAACCUAGUCCAGUAUCUGUCCUUGUUUCCCCAUUUCUUGACGAGGUUUCCACCAUGCCAGAUGCCAUUUCUGCAGAAUCCGAGCAGACGGACAAAGAUCUUAUUGACAUUGGCAAUAAGGCGCCUUCUCCACCUUCUAGCGACGACGACCUCACAGAUCAAGCCAAAGAAAAUUUGCUCGUCUCAAAAGUUUCGAUGGUGACUAUACCAGAGACGAUAUACACAGACCAUAUCAAACAAGAUACUUUUUACGUUUCUAGUUUUCGAAAUGUUGAGCUUUCAAGUGUUGAGUUCAAGCCACCGAUUACUCAUGUAGGACCGCAACAGGAGCAAGCCUACAUCAGAGAGGUCUUGGAUGCAGCAAAUCUACUCAUAGAAGAGGAAACCCCGUUGUCCUUGGCAAAUCCUCCCAUGAACAUAUCCUUGUUCGACAGGCUGAACAAGCGGGAUCUAAUGGAGUUUAAGCAAUGGCUCACCCCUCCAGAUGCACCAAGACAGGAUUUAAGUGAAAGGUCGGAGCGGAAGCUUCUCUUCGAUUGUGUGAAUGAGGUUAUGGCUCUCGAACCAUGGAUGAAGACCUCUUCCUUCUAUGUCGAUCUGCCCAUGUUCCCUGACAUGUGUUCAAACUCGAAAUUUCAAAUGCCACUCUCAGGAGAGUCCCUUGUGAAGGAAGUACAUAGAAUGAUCUGCCACUGGAGAGAGAUUGCUGGAAACGUGCUGGAUGAUCUGAUAGAUUAUGACAUGAAUGUUCCUGAAGGCCGAUGGGUGGUUUUUAGCCACGAAGUCGCUGAAGUUGGGCUUGAUAUUGAACGCAUGCUGCUGAAGAAAAUGAUCGGGGAGAUUGUCGACGAGAUGGGCUCUAUCUCAACAGCGAGAGUUUAGUAAAAGCUUGAAAUGGCUACAAGCGGCAAUUCGAGUUUCAUCGUGAAACGGAUCAAGAACAUUCCGCUUGCAUGGUGAGACUGUCUUGAUAAAUGGAAACUAUGAACUUUUCUAUUUCAAGCUAAUCUCUGUGGGAUUCACCCGAAGGUGCACACCUAUCGGAUGGUGCACGUGAAAAUUACUGCAACUGCAGACUGUAAGCCAUCUCAAGUUUUUCCGUUCUCCCAGGAAUUUCACUCUCGCGGAAUAAGAAUUCACAUGUGAGGAGACAUUAGCUUUAUCGCUGAACACCCAAUCCCCAUGUACACCUGGACUUGCGUAAGAGGCAACGUGUAAAUAUUUCAGUGCGUAAGAGUAUACUCUAUGAUCGCGAAACACACUCCCCAACCUGUCGUGGAAGUUGCGACCUUAGGAAGUGUUCUUAAAGCAUCAAUUCUAGACAAGUGUUUCUUAUCACCGUUGUAGAUAUCAAUAGAAGAGAUUCAAAGGAGAGCGAGGUCUGACGUUGGCAGCCUUGCUCACUAGCUGUUUUCGGUGCAGUCGUUGAGUUCCUAAGUUAAUUCAUGGUUUCUAGAGCCUUUGAUUACACCCCUCAUUUCUUACGUCUGCUCACAUUUCUGUUUAUUGACCUCUACCUUGAAUGUAUAUCCUCACUGUCA